AUGGCGGAGGCGGUGAUGGGGCCGCUGCUGGGGGCACUGCAGGAGCUGGUGAUGAAGGAGGCGCAGGCGAUGAAGGCGGUGGACGACGACGUGCGGAACCUCCGGGACAAGCUCAUGUGGCUGCAGGCCUUCCUCCGCGACGCCGAGCCACGGCGCCGCGCCAGGAACGAUGAGCUCACCAGGGUCUGCCUCCACCAGGUCCGCGGCGCCGUCUUCGACGCCGAGGACGCCGUCGACCGCUACUUCCUCCAGAUCGACCUCUCCAAGUACCCAGGCUGGAGCCAAGCCAUCCUCCAAUUCUUCGCCGGAUUGACCACGCAGGUGCGCGGGCGGAGCGACCUGUCGAGGAGGGUCAGAUCCAUCAACAGGAGGCUCGAGAUAAUAAUCGAGAACAAGGAAAAGUACAAGAUCGAUGACCAGGAUUCCUCGUCCGUCACCACCUGGAGGCCGUCCACUGAGAUCAGUGCUGCUGUUGAAAAUCUGGGUCGUUUCAUGCUACCAUUGGUGGGACGAGACGACAUGCAAGAGCAAAUAAAAAAGGCGCUCAACGAGGAAUCCAAGCACCCCGUGGUGAUCACGGUGGCAGGGGAGAGCGGCGUGGGCAAGACGAAGCUGAUGCAGGCGAUCUACGAGGGUCCCCUAACCAAGGAGCAUUUCAGGGUGCGCGUGUGGGUGAGCUUCGCGCCGGGCCUCAGCGCCUCCCAGAUCCUCAAGCUGGUCCUCCUGCGCAUGGCGCUGAAGCCGAGCAAGAGAAGCUACGACGACGGCGACGACUGUCCCGGCAUAAGGCUACGAGCGGCGCUGCGAGCCAAGAUCUACCUUCUGGUCCUCGACGGCGAGGUCAGCAGCACGGAGUGGAACGGCAUCCUGUCCUUCCUGGAGACGAGCAGCUCCAAGAGCAGAGUGGUGAGGAUCACGCGGAUGGACCCGGCGGCACAUUCCUCCAGCUUCGAGCACAGGAAUAUCGUCCUUACGCACUUGGACAAGGGCAGGUCCAUGCAGCUGUUCCACAGGGCGCUCCGCCUGGGCCUGGGCUGGGGGCAUGGCGAGAAGCAUAACAGCAGGAUCUUGGCCGACGACCCGAAGAUGAAGAAGCACCUGGAUUCCAUCCACAGCGUCACCGGCGGUCUCCCGCUGUCGGUCGUGCUGCUGGCGGGCCUCCUGCAGACCAAGGAGUUCCCCGGGGAAUGGAUUCGCGUGUUCGAGCACCUCACGGACAAGUCCGGCAAGUCCAAACGGGGCGACAUCAUACUCUCCAUGUGCUUCGACGACCUCCCGCACGACCUGAAAUCGUGCUUCCUCUACCUGGCAUGCUUCCCGGUGGAGGGUUUCCUGAGCCCUAGGGGGGGCAUGACGAUGGAGAGGGUGGGCAUCCAUUUCUUGAACGAACUGGCCCAGAGGCGCCUCAUCAACAUCCCGCCGGUGGAGUACGCCGAUCCUGGGUUCGAGAGCAUCACCGUGCAGUCAAGGGUCCACGACUUCCUUCUGCAUGAGGCGCAGGAGGCCAGCUUCGUGGAGGUCCACUGCGGCGACGAUGUCCCGAUGCUGACCACCACUCGCCGCCUCGCGCUGCAGAACCACAGCGAUAAGUAUGCUGCCCUCACCACCCCUCUGCCCAAGCUGCGGUCCAUCUUCUCCAGCUUUGAAAAAGAAGACACGGCGACGACGAUGGUGGCGGAUGCUGCUGCAGGCGACCGGGACAAGAAGGGUAUAAAGACCAGUACUGCUCGGGUCUUCCCUCAUCUUCUUCGGAGCCCCGACAGCGCCUACACGUACCCCAAGGAGAUUAUACAGAGGCUCCUGCGCAAUUCCAAGUUCCUCCGUGUCAUCAGUCUAGAUGGCCUCGACAUUGGCAUCGAGUUACCCCAUGAAAUCGGGAGCGUGGUGCACCUGCAGCAUCUCGCCAUCACCUCCUGCUCCCUCAAGGUAAUACCACCGUCAAUUGGGAAGCUGACCCGACUGCAGACGCUGGAUGUCCGAGGCACCGGCGUCAACGCGCUCCCCACGGGGUUCUGGAAGAUACAAACGUUGCGGCACGUGUUCGGGUCCAUCGUCUUGCCCAGGCGAGUUGGCCACCUGGAGCAGCUGCGGAAUCUGACGACCGUAAACCAGGGCAACAACGGUGUCUGGGACAAGAAAACCUUCCACAGGAUGGUACGCCUCAACACGCUGCACAUCGACGGGAUCUCCGCCGACAGCGUGGAGGCCAUCUACGAGCUCAAGUACCUCGUGAUCCUCAACCUCGCUUCCGGCGAGCUGGCGACGAUCCCCUUUGCUCUGUUCACCAGAUCCAACCUCCCACGCCUCCAGAUGAUUUUUUUGGAAAAGUGA